AUGAACGAUCAAAAAGUAACUUCAACUAUGUAUUUUUCAACCACAGAAGAAAGUGAGUCCUGCUCUGUCCAACCCAAACCCCGUACAUUGGGAGGAGAAUCUACUAUUUAUGACAAGGCACAGAAGGAAAACCUUCCUCCAUUAGAGAAGCUCAAGAUUUCAGCAGCGUCUACAGCUAAUGGUGUUAAAUCCCUUCAUGAUCAGCCCGAGUCUGGGCCACUUCAGCAAGAUGGCAAAGAUGAAACUCCAGGAGCAGGAGGACAGAAAGAUGUGGAAGCAGUGACAGAGGCCCAGCCUUUAGAAGGAAAUGCCGAGACGGAACCUUUAGGAACAGAAGCCAGGCAUCAGCCUUUGAGGACAGCCGGCGAGAGGGACUCCCCUGGAGCCGUAGGAGACACCGAGACUCCACAGACUGCCAGAGAGAUGAAACCUCUAAGAAGAGCUGGAAAAAUCCCACCUCUGGAAGCAGGUAGAGAGUCACAACCUCCAGCAAAGCCCCAACUCCUAGACACCGUUCCCACGGAGACUGAAGCUCCAGAAAUAUUGGAAGGACAUCAGCCUGUUGAAACAGCCGAGGAACAUCAACUUCAAGAAACACUGGGGAGGGAUGAGCAAUCCCAACUUCUAGAAACAAUGUCCAAAGGGAAAGGAUUUCUGGAAAUAUCGGAAGGAAGUCAGCUUGUGGAAGCAGCUGUAAAGAACGAUUUGAUUCCUAAAACUCCUGAAGGCCUGGUAAACAUGGAGCAGAUUCAACCUGAAGGAAUAGUCGGAAGCGUGGAGCGUCCAGCAGGAACUCUGGAAACAGGGACAAACAUGGCAAUGGUCAGGAAAGUUCACACCAAAAAGGUGGACCACAACAUUGAAGGUGAGACAGGCGAAGAGGUUGGAACAGAGAUGGAGAAAGUAAGUGAAAGAGCUGAAACAAAAGGAGAAGAAACAGGAGGAGCUGUGGAUCUUCCAGCAGCCACCUAGAUAGAGCAUGCUGAUGCCAUCAAGAAUUGUUUUGCGAACCCAUCUUAGAAACGGGAAAGACCAUAGAGAUCAAACAGUGAAACGUGGCUUGUCAUGAAAACCGCUGGAGCGCCUGGUAACACGGCUGGUUUUGCUGCUUUGGUGAAGGAAGGAGCUCCCUAGGUCGCUGUGAAUCAUUGCUUUUACAUUAGCAUCAAGAAGUCUUUCCAGUGUCUUAAGAGCCACACUUUAUUUGAAUCACUGUC